AUGUGUGCCUCAGCACUACGGCAGUAUCAGAUAAGAAGCGUGUAUUUUGGUUGUGCUAAUGAACGCUUUGGGGGUACCGGGGGGGUCCUUACCCUCCAUUCAGAGUCAGUGUUAAACAUCCCCAACCAAACCCAACAGGAUAGCAGAUUGCUACAACAGUGCACUGUGGCGGCUAACAAUUAUAGCAGCCCUGCAAUAGACCAGCCAUACCCGGUUUACGGCGGUAUAUAUAGAAAAGAGGCCAUCAUGCUAUUACGGAAGUUUUAUGUGCAAGAAAAUGAAAACGGUGAGAAAGUUCUAUCGAUGAGUGAUAAGUAA